GCGCGUCGCUGCGGGCUGUGGUGCGGCCAGCCGAGCCCGGCCCGCCAGCCCGCGCGUCCCCGGGUCCGUCGGGUGCCGCGGCGCCUCCCGCAGGGAGUCCCCGCGCCGCCGCGCCCCCGCGUUUCCCGCAGCGGCUGGGGGCCUAGGACGUGCGGGGCCGCGAGGCCGAGGCGGGCGCCCCCCAGCGGCCAGCGUGGGCCCCAUGGCUGGGCCGGGCGGAGCGGAACCGGCGAGGUGAACCCGGGGCCGACCGCCGGAGCGCGUGGCUGGGGCGCCGGGUCCAUGGGCAGCGGCAGACCGCGGCACGAUGAUGGACGUUAACAGCAGCGGCCGCCCGGACCUCUACGGGCACCUCCGCUCUUUCCUCCUGCCGGAGGUGGGGCGCGGGCUGCCGGACCUGAGCCCCGACGGGGGCGCCGACCCGGUCGCGAGCUCCUGGACGCCGCACCUCCUGAGCAGCGUCCCUGAGGUGACGGCCAGCCCAGCGCCCACCUGGGACGCGCCCCCGGACAAUGUCUCAGGCUGCGGGGAGCAGAUCAACUACGGCAGAGCCGAGAAAGUUGUGAUCGGCUCCAUCCUGACGCUCAUCACGCUCCUGACGAUCGCGGGCAACUGCCUGGUGGUGAUCUCCGUGUGCUUUGUCAAGAAGCUCCGCCAGCCCUCUAACUACCUGAUCGUGUCCCUGGCGCUGGCCGACCUCUCGGUGGCCGUGGCGGUCAUGCCCUUCGUUAGCGUCACCGACCUCAUCGGGGGCAAGUGGAUAUUUGGCCACUUCUUCUGCAACGUCUUCAUCGCCAUGGACGUCAUGUGCUGCACGGCCUCGAUCAUGACCCUGUGCGUGAUCAGCAUCGACAGGUACCUUGGGAUUACCAGGCCACUCACAUACCCUGUGAGGCAGAAUGGGAAAUGCAUGGCAAAAAUGAUCCUCUCUGUCUGGCUUCUGUCUGCCUCCAUCACCUUACCCCCACUCUUCGGAUGGGCUCAGAACGUGAAUGAUGACAAAGUGUGCUUGAUCAGCCAGGAUUUUGGCUACACGAUUUACUCCACCGCAGUGGCGUUUUAUAUCCCCAUGUCUGUCAUGCUGUUCAUGUACUACCAGAUUUACAAGGCUGCCAGGAAGAGUGCUGCCAAACACAAGUUCCCUGGCUUCCCACGUGUGCAGCCGGACAGCGUCAUCUCCUUGAAUGGCAUGGUGAAGCUCCAGAAGGAGGUGGAAGAGUGUGCAAACCUUUCAAGACUCCUCAAACAUGAAAGGAAAAACAUCUCUAUCUUUAAGAGAGAACAGAAAGCAGCCACCACCUUGGGGAUCAUUGUCGGGGCCUUUACUGUGUGCUGGCUACCAUUUUUCCUUCUCUCAACAGCCAGGCCCUUCAUCUGUGGCACGGCCUGCAGCUGCAUCCCACUGUGGGUGGAGAGGACAUGUCUGUGGCUAGGCUAUGCAAACUCUCUCAUUAACCCUUUUAUAUAUGCCUUCUUCAACCGGGACCUGAGGACCACCUACCGCAGCCUGCUCCAGUGCCAGUACCGGAAUAUCAAUCGGAAGCUCUCAGCUGCAGGCAUGCAUGAGGCUCUGAAGCUUGCAGAGAGGCCUGAGAGACCCGAAAUCAUGCUCAUAACCAGAGCCUCAGGAAUCCAGCAGGCACUCGAGAAUUUUCCUUGGGGUAACGGCGUGAAUAGUGGGAAAAAAAACGUGAAUACCUUUGCACUGACAAAACUCUGACUACUGUAGAAAAAAAGGUCAUGAUUCAUGAUCCAAAGUGGAAUAAUGGAGAUGAAAUAAACAAGGCAAAACAGGCGGAAACAGAAUGAAAUCAUUUGCCAAGACUGCAAAAUGGAAUGCGGCUUCUGUCCUUUCUUGGACUGGCUAAAGUGUGACCAACAGGGUGAUCUGUUGUACAAAGUCUAUUACAGGGGAGAUGGUGACCUCUCUUUUUUUCUGUGGAUCAGUGCUAUUGUGUGCAAAUGAAAAUAGUUCUCAGUGUAAGACAGCCGGAUCAUCUCAGCCGUGAGCACACUAACAGAACUGAGUUCCAGAAGGAAGCAGUUUCUGGUGCUUUGCAUAUGUCCAUAUCCAUGCAAGCGGAAGCAGGUUCCAAUACACACCUCCCAUGCUUCCGAGUCUAGGCAUUGUGGUGAAUAUUCAGGAGUCAUUCAUGAGACAGAAUGUAUUUUGUUGUAUGACAGAAGGGUGUCUUUCUAAGCAAACUGCGGUAAGCAUAGUGUUGAGUAUGUUGCAUGUCCAUGUUAGAAAACAAUCCAGUCAUCAGCUAAUACAAACGAUUUCCCAGAGCAGUGUUUGUUUCAAGCUUCUGUCAAAUAGUUUGGCUUUUCUGCAGGGUCCCUGUGAUUUCUCACCUAUGUACUUUCUUUGUUAACUUCCUUAAUGUUAUGGUAUAACUCAGGAACAGAUCUCAGGAUGGAAAGAGAGAAGCAUAAAAUCUGAAUAAAGCUUUUCUUGCACUCACACAUUUGAGGGAUCCUGAGAGGUGAGGGGAUUCCUUUAGUGAGGAUUUUUACCUGAAUGAAGAGUGAGGGCUACCUAACUGCAUUGUAUAUUAACAUGAUUAUUGGCAUGUUGUUUACUAUCAUUUUAUACAAGGGUGCAAUGAGCCCAUGGGGCUGAUCCCCAUACUGUAUGUUAUAAGGAAGAAGUAGGCAAAAGUUGGGUUUCCAACGAUGGUGGUGGUGCUUCUGGAGAUGGAAUGUAAACAUGUUCAUUCAACUGAGUUGUGUGAAUUGGAGGUCACCUGUACCUCUGUUGAGAAAUGCUCCAGAACACCAUUCUGUUCCAUCUAGAGAGUUUGUUUCUUUGUUCUCUGUAUCUUAAAUCAAAUGUGUGCCUGGGUAAUUCUGUCCACUAACUCCCCUCCCCCAAAUAAAAAGUGGUGGUUAUUAAGGGCAGGUAAGAAAACAGAAAUGGUCCCUUUGUGGAUAGUAUUUUUAUAAGAAAUGGUACUAUGUAGUAAGUCUGAGCUAAGGAAACAGGAAGGCAGGCAGGUAAGAGAAGAAGAGCACCUAUAACUAUAAGGAGAAAAAAAAACACAAAGAAUGCAGACCUUCAUUUGAUAAAAGAGAACUAGAAGAGAAUAUUAUUUUCCUACAAUAAAGGAAGCUGUCCUUUCACAAGGAUAAAGUGGAAUUCUGGUGUGGAUUAUGGACUUUUUUUGAUUGUCAUUGACAUUGCUUCUUAACAGGGGCAGGGAAGGGCUGCCUUUUUUGCAAGGGGAAAUGGGCACUGUCCUUUCAGACAAAACUUGUACAAAUUCCUGAACCGCAGA